GACUAACAUUCCCAUGGUCGGGGGAUUUUCAGAAAGCUUGGACAGGUCUAUAAGAACACUCCACGAACCCCCGAGACCAGUUCUUGACUCUUAUAUUGAGUCAGUCACCAUUUGUGUUCUUCAGAUCACCUGUUUCCAACCUCUCCUGGAUCUCACUUUCCACUUCAAACGUGUCGAAUUUUAUGACGAAGCCGUAAAAAGCCUCAACAAACAAUACUCAUCAUAUCAACCCUCGUGAUCUCCGCACUGCCGAACAGGUGACCUGGUCUUUGCGUCUCCCGACCAACAAAGCACUCUCUACAUAAAGAGUAUCCGAGCUUUCUUUAUCUAUAUUCCCCCGACCAUAACUUCAACACUCGUCUUCAUCCGAUAACCCUCUCAUCAACCGCCAAAAUGUCCAGCCCAACCAACAACUUCCUCUCUCUCAUUCCUACCGCCCAUCGCGUGGCUAUGAUCUCAGGCCUUGGCUCCGCUGUCAACGCCGAAUCAGUCAUUCCUGCUCUUCAAAAGACCGCCCGUUCCAGUUCCAACAGCAGCACCGAGUCGAACUCAGUCGAAGAACCUACGCUGCCAAAGUCACUUAGCCUUGGCAAAAGCCCUGUUGUCCUGCCUGUCGAGGAUUUCAAGCGCCUUGUUCACGAAUUUCAUUUCCACACGAACGUCUACCCUCGUUCGUCAUUUACUAUAUCGCUUUAUGUUACGCACCUAUGCCAGCAUCAUGAUGGAGUUUUCAUUACUUAUAACUAUUCGGCCUGGGGAUGGAAACAGGAGCCGUUGUAUCACUUGGGAGGGGAGCGCUUCUGGAAAUUGAAGCAACAUGCAAUUUGUCAUCGGUAGUUAUCGUUUGGAGAAGUCUGGGACAAAGCGGGAGA